UCGUUUUAUCCAUAAUUCCUUGCCUUAUCAUCAUUCCUCUUGGUAUUUUCAUCGCGCACUUUUGUCGUAAAAUCAUUCCGUCAGUUUGGUUUCACUUGCACUGGACAUUACAAGUUUUUCUUUCUACAAUUCCUAUUAUUGUUGGAUUUGCAAUAGUCCACCCCAGUUUCAUGGAAAAAUCUCACUUUAACUGGGCUGAUACACCACAUAUGAUAGUCGGGCACAUUUUAGCAUUCGCAAUGGCUUUCGAGCUCAUUUUCGGUGUUGUUUACACUUGCAUUAGUAAAUGUCAUGUGAAGACAUUAAGUAUAGUUCAUAAUUAUGCUGGUUACUUGAUACUUAUUCUUGCGCUGGUAGAAACUGCGCUUGGUAUUGCCCUAUGGGAAAUUCCUCCAGUUUGGCUUUAUCUUUUCUUUGUAUGGCUUGCGCUGUUAAUUUUAAUCUUUUUUAUUGCUUACUUUAAAACUCGUACAAAUGAACGUAUAGAAAAACAG